UUAAAUUUUCAUUUCAAAUAUUGAUUCUUAUUCCGCUGUCAGACAGUUUAGUUGAACCGCAGCAUUCGCUCCGACGACGUCAGCUGCCGGACUUUAUAAAGAAAAUAAAUUCUUUUUUUUUUGUUUUCCUAGAAUUUAAUUAACCAAAACCACAAACAUGUCCGAUGAUGAGGAAUACACCUCUGAAGAGGAGGAGGUCGUCGAAGAGGUCGUUGAGACGAGAACUACGACCAGGACCGAGACACAAUCUGCCCCAGCCGAAGGAGAGGGUGAUCCAGAAUUCAUUAAACGUCAAGAUCAAAAACGUUCCGAUUUAGAUGAACAACUCAAGGAAUAUAUCGCAGAAUGGCGUAAACAAAGAGCCAAGGAAGAAGAUGAACUUAAAAAGCUUAAAGAGAAACAAGCUAAACGUAAAGUAACAAGAGCUGAAGAAGAAGCUAAAUUGGCUCAACGUAAGAAAGAAGAAGAAGAACGCCGUGUACGUGAAGUUGAAGAAAAGAAACAACGUGAUAUUGAAGAAAAGAGACAACGAUUGGAAGAGGCUGAAAAGAAACGCCAGGCAAUGGUUCAAGCAAUGAAAGAAAAGGACAAAAAGGGACCAAACUUCACUAUUGCCAAGAAGGAGUCCGGUGUACUUGGUUUGUCAUCAGCUGCCAUGGAACGUAACAAGACCAAAGAACAACUUGAAGAAGAAAAGAAAAUCUCAUUAUCUUUCCGUAUUAAACCAUUGAGUAUUGAUGGCUUAGGUGAAAGUUCUCUCCGUGAAAAAGCUAAGGAACUCUGGGAACUUAUUGUCAAAUUAGAAACUGAAAAAUAUGAUUUGGAAGAAAGGCAAAAACGUCAAGACUACGAUUUAAAAGAGUUGAAAGAAAGACAAAAACAACAACUCAGACACAAAGCCCUUAAAAAAGGUCUUGACCCAGAAGCCCUUACCGGUAAAUAUCCUCCUAAAAUCCAAGUUGCAUCAAAAUAUGAACGACGUGUUGAUACCCGCUCAUAUGACGAUAAGAAAAAACUCUUUGAAGGUGGAUUGGAUGAAAUUGCCAAAGAUUACCUUGAAAAAGUUUGGUCAGAAAAGAAGGAUCAAUACUCAAACCGUCAAAAGGCCAAAUUACCAAAAUGGUUCGGCGAACGACCAGGCAAAAAGGCCGGUGAACCAGAAACACCUGAAGGUGAAGAAGAUGUUAAAGCUGAUGAGGACGUUGUUGAAGAUGAAGAUGAGGUAGAAGAAGUCGUUGAAGAAGAAGCUGAAGAAGAAGAAGCAGAAGAAGAGGAAGAAGAGGAAGAAGAAGAAGAAGAAGAGGAGGAAGAAGAAGAAGAAUAAGAAUUUAAAUAUAUAUAUAUAUAUAUAAAAGAAAACAAACAAAAAAAAAAAAGAUUUAUUUAUAUAAAAUUCUUGAAGUCUUUUUUUUUUCUCUCUAACUCUCUUUUUACAAUCUCAAUUUCCUAAAAAUAUAUUAUAAUUUAUUUUAAUAUAUAGAUUUUAUAUAUAUGAAAAUUUUAUUUCCUUUUAUAUUUUUAAAACAAAACAAAAAAAAAUUUUAAGAAAAAUAAAAGAGUUUUAAUUAAAAAAAAAAAUUAAAAAAAAAUGAAACAUACAAAAAUGAAAUAUAAAAUCUUCCUGCGGUAAAAACAAAAACAACAAUAAUAUAUGAAGAAAACAACGACUGCUGCUGACAUUAAAAAAAAAUUAAAAAAUAAAAAUGUUUUUUUUUUUCCAUUUUA